CGCCGAUAGUAAGUUAAUGCAAAUUAUUAAAAUCUUGUGAAACAUUUGUAAUAUUUUUGCUUAUAAGCUAUACAUUUGUACUCGACGUAGAUAUACGGUUACACACUGUCAAGAAGUUUAAAACAUAUUAGUAUUUUGAACUUUUAAGUAAAUUUUAACGGUCCAUAUAGAUAUAAAAAAAACUUAAUAUGGUUGUUCGUAAAUAUAAUGACGAGUUACAAUACUUAGAAAAAGUUAACGAUUAUUGUUGGCGAAUAAAAAAGGGUUUUCAGCCUAAUAUGAAUGUGGAAGGCUGCUUUUAUGCAAAUAGUCACCUGGAGAAUUUGAUGUUUGAGGAAUUAAAAACCUCCUGCAACACAAAUACAGCAGGUGGGUUCCUUCCUGCUGUUAAACAAAUUGCUAAUGUAGCUGCACUGCCAGGUAUUGUGGGCCAAUCUAUUGGCUUACCUGACAUACAUUCCGGUUAUGGUUUCGCGAUUGGUAAUUUGGCUGCUUUUGAUAUGAAUGAUCCGAAUGCAAUUGUAAGCCCUGGAGGUGUAGGAUUUGACAUUAAUUGCGGUGUACGUUUGCUGCGCACAAAUCUACUUGAAAAGGAUAUACAGCCGGUAAAAGAUAAAUUAGCACAAUCACUUUUUGACCACAUUCCCGUUGGUAUCGGUUCGAAAGGUGUUAUACCAAUGGAUAGCACAAAUCUAGAAGAAGCUUUGAGAACUGGUAUGGAUUGGUCAUUAAGUAAGGGUUAUGCAUGGCCGGAAGAUAAGGAUCAUUGCGAGGAGAAUGGUCGCAUGAUGGCUGCUGAUCCAUCUAAAUGUAGUCAGCGUGCUGUACAGCGUGGUCUACCACAAUUGGGAACGUUAGGAGCCGGAAACCAUUAUGCAGAAAUACAAGUGGUUGAUGAAAUUUACGAUAAAAACAGUGCUUCUAAAAUGGGUAUUAAAGAAAAGGGGCAAGUUUGCAUUAUGAUACAUUCCGGUAGCCGUGGGUUCGGUCAUCAGGUUGCAACUGAUGCCUUAGUUGAAAUGGAAAAAGCAAUGAAGAGAGAUAAAAUCGAAACAAAUGAUCGCCAAUUGGCUUGUGCACGAAUAAAUUCUCAAGAAGGGCAGGACUAUCUAAAGGCAAUGGCAGCUGCUGCAAACUUUGCCUGGGUUAAUCGUACCUCAAUGACAUACUUAACACGUAAAGCAUUUUCCAAAAUGUUCAACACAUCUGCCGAUGAUCUAGAUAUGCAUGUUAUUUAUGAUGUAUCACAUAACAUCGCUAAAGAGGAAACUCACAUAGUUGAUGGAAAAGAAAAAAAAUUGUUGGUACACAGAAAAGGUGCUACACGCGCAUUUCCCCCAGACCAUCCACUUAUACCUGUUGAUUAUAAAUCUAUUGGACAGCCGGUAUUAGUUGGUGGUACUAUGGGUACAUGCAGCUAUGUUUUGACUGGUACUGAAUGUGGUAUGACAGAGACAUUUGGUUCAACAUGUCACGGAGCUGGACGUGCACUGUCAAGAGCGCAAUCACGACGUACUUUGGACCACAAAGAGGUGCUUAAGAGGUUGGAUGCAAUGGGUGUAGCUAUUAGGGUUGCUUCACCAAAAUUAAUUAUGGAAGAAGCGCCAGAAGCAUAUAAAGAUGUUACGGAUGUUGUAGAUACUUGCCACAUGGCCGGUAUCAGUAAGAAAUGUGUUAAAUUAAAGCCUAUUGUUGUGAUUAAAGGUUGAACCUUUUUAAAAUAGUAUUUAAUAUA